GAAUAAACUGGAAAAUUCUCGAUUCAGAAAGCAAGUCAAAAGAUGGUCUGCUCCACGCCAAGUAGCUUGUAUACUUUUCCUACCUGCCUUCUUCUUCCUCAACACGAACCUUUUUCUUCUAAAGGAGAAUGUAAACAGAAAAACGGUAGAGCUUAUAUACUGGGCCGUGAAGCUCAAGUUGUUUCCAAAAGUUAGAUGAAGCAUGUAACUAAAUGCGCAGAUAAACAACAGUAGGCCUGUUAGUUCUUUAACAAUAGGAGGCACAUAUUUUUUCUGCUAUCCCGAAGAUAUGAAAACCACCCUUUUCGAUACAUAAAGACAGUGAACGCUGGUAUUUCUGAACGCUGUUUGGAAACAGCUUUAUCUAUUUCACUGUGUCUACUUUGCAGAGCGUUAGUCUGUUCCACACCUUGCUUCUGAAUACUUUCUACAAGUUUCACUAGUGGACUAUGCCGUUUCUAAGAGAGAAAAGAAUAUUGAAUAUUUUUUCUGACUAGAUAUAUGGCAGUAUUUACAGCAAUCCACUAAAGUUUAUAACUGUGUUGCCGUUGAAACUCAGCCACGUUCAAAAUUGACAAGAUGAUUCACAGCCUUCGAAAGGCAAGCUGCUUUGAGUUUUACCCUUUUGAUUGUCCACACUAAGUUAGUUGAGCAUAAUAAACACAACAACAGCAACUUGGAGAAUUAUCACACAACUAUUUUCGUUUUGGUACUUUUGAAAAACUGUACUUUAGAAAGCUAUCCUCCUGUGAUAGGAGAUCGUUGUUUCACACAGUAAACUCUUUUUUUCGUAUACAAAAAUAAAGUCCUUGUAGUCAAG